GAUACAGUCAAUAAUUUACCGUUAGCCUAUGGACGAUGGCAAUUGACAAUCAACACAAAAGAAUCUAUUGUCGUCGUCUGUUUUGCUUCACAGCCAACUUGGAGCCCAUUCGCCCCCACCGCCCACCUUACAGGCCUGCAAGCUGUAAACACACCGAGAUCUGUCACACGAGACUGGGUCUCUGUUGUAGUAGUCGAAUCUCCAAUGGUCGUUACCAGUUACCACGGUCUUUACUGUUGACUUUUUACCCAAAAUCACGAUAUUUUGUUUCGUGCCAAAAGUUGUAAUUGAUCCUUUGAUCCUAGUUAAUCAAGGAUGAACACAGAGUUUCCCUUAGAAUCUCCGGAAAACACAACAAUUCAACCAGUUCAGCCUAGUGAUGAAGAUUUUUUUUGCAAGUGGAUUCUUUAUUAUGAAGUGGGAUAUUCACGAGUCAGGAUUUGGGAUUUGGCCAUUUUCAUCCCCAACUUUAUUUUCUUCUUGUUUAUGCUUGUGCGAUUCAACAGAGCUAGACUGAAAUUAAGAGCUACAUCAAGCCCUAUUUUCGCUACAUUCUUUAGUUUGGUGGUUCUUAAUGUUCUCAUAAGUCUGAUUCGUUGCAUAGUCUCAAUGACUGUGAACGCCUCUUUAGCUGCAGGAGACUAUGCAGACAAGGUGUUGUGGAUAGUCGUGCGGUUUUUCCUUCUCUCUACAGAAAUGAGUGUGGUGAUUUUUGGACUUGCUUUUGGUCAUCUUGAAAGUAAAACAAGUAUAAGAAGAGUCCUGUUGGCAACCUCGUGUAUUUCUCUAGCAUUCUCAGUUAGUCAAGGAGCUCUAGAAUUUGUUUCUCCAGAUGAAUCAUUUCAUGUGCAUACCAAGGAUUAUGAUCUGUUUGGCCAUGGUGGAAUGAUGUUUUGGUUUGUUUCAUCCAUUGUUUUUGCAUCAGUUUAUGCAAUCAUCACACUUCUCCCCUGGUCAAGAUUAAGAGAAAGACUAGCUUUGCCAACUAAAAAGAAUUUCUAUUACUACGUUGCAAUCCUAUCUGGACUUAACGGAAUCCAAUGUGUGGGCAGUGGACUACUUCUCUAUCGUGUUACGGAAUGUGGGCUGUGCAUAGUCGACGUCACCACUCUUCUUUAUUACACUCUGCUGACACCUUUUGUCUAUUACACUUUUUUGUCAGAUUUUUUCAGUGUCGCCCAGCCGGUACUUUUAUUUUCGUACAAAUCCCAAAUUGACGAUUCUGGAGAGGAGGAGAGCGUGUCUCUACCUCACCAACAUUCGUUCUCGUCCCUCAAAGCGGAUUCUGAUUACAUCUAUCAGGCAAACGGCUUCUAUGACAGUACUCAGCUAGAUAUUAGCUCAACUCCAAUUCAUCCGUUGUACGCAGUCUCGCUCCGAAGUCCCGACAGUGUUACAGGCUAUAGUAUCUCUAGUGUGAAUGCUGACCAUUCCGUCACUUUCCAGUAAAGAAAGAUCUGUUAAAAUUGCACUCGAAAUUUUCAAAUUCUCUGAGCCCUGCUUCAUGUUUUUCGCAAUUUUUUAAAUGUCGACUUGUAUAUUUUAAGAAAUCUUUAAAUUGUUUAAAAAGCUAAUAUGAUGACACAAAGAGCUCAACCAUAUAUUCCUAGUCAUAGAGAUCGCAGAUAUACUUAUUUGUAUAUUUAUAUAACCCUUUUCUUAUAAUUAAUUGAUGUAAUCGAGCUAUUUCUUUGAAGGUAAUAUAUUGUGUUAUAGAGCA